AUGACAAUAGCAAGAACAACCCAUUCUGUUCGAAGGAAGGGCAUAGUCUUGCUGAUAGUAGCUGUGUUAUUAGUAGAAAAGAGUGCCUUAAAGGCUACGUCGGAUACUCCAGAGCUGGUGAUUGUAGCCCCCGACAAGCGAGAUGAAGCAGAAGAACGGGAAUAUGCGAAGGAACAGCAGGAGUUAAGAGAAGACGUCGAAUUCCGAGAUCAAAUUUCAUCUAUUACCACUGAUACCUACAGCUUUGUCGAGCCUACAGCAUACUCGAUUGGGCUAUUGCUAGAUCCUUGUCGAGGCCAUGCCUUCAACUGUUGUAUUGAUCGUUUUGGAGAACCGGCAUACAUGGAUCCUACUCACAUUGCGGAGAAAAUAUCACUGGUGGAUGAGUCCGGGGCAACAUUGGAUAUGCAGGUCAGUAGGAUUGGCGACCGCCCUUCGACCUUUGACCAGAGUUGCUAUCUUGACGACGACUUGAUUCCAUUCCGUCUACAAAAGACGUUGAGCUCAAGCGGCGUAAGUGUAUCGAGAAAUUACACCAAUUCGGGAUGCAUUGGGCGACUGCAGGGUUUAGUCUCGAUGGAGAAGGUGGUGAGGCCAGCCUGUUGGGACUACAAUGAUUCUGUUAACGCACUCGAUUCUUGCCAUCAUGUGGACGGCCGGAAAGGAAAUACAUGCGUGGCUGUUGGGUACAUGCAAACGAGCUACAUUGUUCAGUGUGGAGGAGCUUUCGAGCUUUCAAACCAUUGUGGCACGUUUCUAGAGCUACAUGAGCCAGAUAACGAAGUAAUUCUGAGUCAGACACGACUCAUGAGGCAGUAUCCUAAUGGAUUUCGGACAACAACAUUGCCUCUUUUCUUUCGAGGAGACAGAGCUCGAACCGUUUGCAUGGGUGAUUAUGAAAUCUGGUGGGUCCAGCGAACGCGUAGCAAUUUCAUUGUUCAAAAAAAGAAAAAGUUUCGCAUUACAUUUCCGCUGUGUGACUUUGACUUCGCUACAAACAUAUACAAGAAUUACCACCAAAUUCAAUCAAGCGAGAUUUCAAAUUAA